GGCCGGGCCAUCGUGUCCUGUGCCUAGCUUUCUGUGUUCUCUUUUCGCUGAUAUCCUGUCCGACGGUCGACACCGCGACCCCCUUACAGAGAUCGCCUCUUUUUACCACCCUUAACCCCCUGGACCUGGUGUUCCGCGUUGUCCCGUCUCCGACGAUUCUCGUCCUUUUCCCAAAUAUCGCGUAUCGCCGCCUUUCGCGUUUCCUCUCGCCUGUCCUCUAUUUAUCGACGAAGCGUACGUCGUAGUAUAGUGCGACGUGACAAGGGGAAUGAAAUAUCGUCGUGACGUGACAAAACGGUCGUGACACAUUCGUCAGUCGUCUCCGAGGUCCUGACCGCGAAGGACCUCUCUCGUUUCGCGAUUAGUACAGAGACAUCUCGUUCUACCGUACGUUCCGUUCUUUGGUGGUUCGGUUUUCGGCUGCACUUCGUCUCGUCCAAGUGUGGACCAAGACUAGAAACAAGGAAGAAGGACACCCUGCCGGGCAGCAACCGGGAGGAUCACAGGGCGAAGAGGUGGGAGCCAUGCCGCCCGGGCGAGCUUCCCUCGAGGUAGCCAGGACGGUCCGGCAUCCCUGUCCUUUCACGGUACUGCGUUCUCGUCGCCUCUUUUGAGGUGAGGAACUGUGGAUUGGUGGCGUAGGACCUCGGCCCCAGGAGUGGCCCAGGGGUUACCCUGGGGACCUCGGGGAUUAGCACGCGCGAGAACGAAGCUGUUGAAAACGACGAAGGACACGGGAGGCGGAGGAGGAGGCCGCUAUGAACGCCAGCGUCAACAUCGAGAGGAACUCCUGGCGGCUACCUCCCGACGAGACCGUCCAGGUCGCCGAUCCCCGUUCGAAGUCUGCUCAGGUAAAAGAGGAUCUAACGUACGGGGAGGGCGGUCACAACUGGCGGAGCAUAAUCUUCUCGCUGCUGGUCAUCGGCUUCGUUAUCGCCGGGAUCGUCACGGCCAUUUACCUCCUCGGAUAUGUCGACGAGCUGUUAUAUUGGAGCGGCAGGCGGCUCACGUUAGACGAGUGCCUUCAUGAUGAUUUGACGCCGCACAGAUUAACACCGACCUGGGUUACCCACGACAAGUUUGUCUACCAGGCAGACGAUGGCUCCCUAACUCUGCUGGACACCAGGAACAAUUCCGUGUCCCUUCUGGUUUCUAAUCACACGCUCAGACAACUGAACGUCCAAGGCUAUCAGUGCAGUUCAGACCUACGUUACGUGUUGUUUAAACACAAUGUCAAGCCGGUGUUCAGAAACACUUUCACCGCUUACUAUACAGUCUACGACGUCACCAACGAUCACCACACGCCCCUUCGACUGCACACGUCGCGGAGGAUGCAGCAAACACGGCUGCAACACGCCGCCUGGUUGGGGAACACAUCCGGCCUCCUGAUGAUCUCGGAGAACGAUAUCUACGUACGAAUGGGACCGUCAGCGCUGAAGGAUUCGAGGAUCACCGACACCGGAGUUCCUGGAGUGAUUUACAACGGAGUGCCCGAUUGGUUGUACCAGGAGGAGGUUCUCCCGCGGCCGGAAGCGGCCUGGCCUAGUCCGGACGGCACGCAUCUUCUCUACGCUUCAUUCAACGACACCAAGGUCACUGCCCUGGAAUUCCCUUGGUUCGGUUCGCAAACGGGUCAGGAUGGAGCCAGUUCCAGCUCCUUAUUCACACCCAGAAAAGGAUCUUUUCCGCCGACGAAAUCUGUCAGGUAUCCCACUCCAGGAUCGUUCAAUCCGGAGGUCGAUCUGUGGGUCAUGGAACUCGUCAACGUGACCAACUCGACCAACGGGAAUGGGACUACCAAUUCGACGUCGUUGCACAGGACGAAGUUAAAACCACCAUCUGCUUUGGAUGGACAAGACUAUUACCUGAUAUCCGCUGGUUGGGUGGGCAACGACUCCAAACAGGUGGCCGUCGUCUGGAUGACUAGGUCGCAGAAUCUCUCGUUAAUAUCUGCCUGUCGUUCACCAAAGUGGGAAUGUGAAGAGACCCACUCUGAGAGAGCGCCGGAGGGUCAAUGGCUGGACGCACAACCUCAUCCCGUGUUCGCACCAGACGGUGACAGUUUCCUUCUUCUUGCUGCCGUGCAGGAAGGCGACAAAGAACAUUUCACUCACAUUAAGCACGUGACCUUGACCCAACAGAGGAUAGCAGUUCUUUCCCAUGGUCGUUACGAGGUGACCGAAAUCUUGGCGUGGGACACCAAGGCCCAUUUGGUGUAUUAUCUAGGCACCAGAGAACUGAGGCCGGGUCAGAGGCACCUCUACGUUGUUCGUGAUCCAACUGCUGACGAUCCUCGGCGUUUAGAGCCAUUAUGUGUCACUUGUGAUCUCGGCGAAGUCCUCUGGAGCAGUAGGUUUUACUACACUAAUUGUACGCACUUCGGCGCCUCCGUGAGUCCGGCAACCAGUAACGAGACUCAAGGAUAUUACGUCCUCUACUGCGAAGGUCCAGGUCUCCCUUUGGCCGGCGUACAUUUGACUUCCCACAAGAUGAUCCGUGUACUCUACGAUACGAGAAUCCAACGGGGGGACAAACUCUCGCAGCUGGCUCUUCCAACCAGAAGAAGCUUCGAGGUCCCUCUUCCCCAAGGUUGGAAAGCUCAGGUGCAACUGCUGUUACCACCGUCGUGGCGCGAGGAAUUGAGGGACGCGGCGUUUCCCGUUCUGGUCGAAGUGAAUGGUCGACCAGGAAGCGAGGCGGUAAACGAUCGAUUUCGUAUCGAUUGGGGCACGUACAUGUCCAGCCACAACGACGUCGUGUACAUCAGAUUAGACGUGCGCGGUGCCAGGGGGCAAGGGAAACGAGAUCUCUUCAGGCGAAUCGGCGGCGUCGAGAUUCAGGAUCAGUUGACCGUGUUAAAGUAUCUUUUGAAGACUUUGAAGUAUCUGGACGUCACCAGGGUGGGCGUAUGGGGCUGGGGUUACGGCGGCUACGUGACCGCCAUGGUUUUGGGCAACCAGGAGAACGUGUUCAAGUGUGGCGUCGCCGUCAACCCGAUCGCGGAUUGGCUCUAUUAUAAUUCCGCGUUUACGGAGCGAAUUCUCGGUCCUCCGGCAGAAAACUAUAAGGGUUACGUGGAGGCUGACCUUACUCAACGUGCGAGGUUGGUACCCAGUCACAGCCUCUACCUUAUUCAUGGUCUAGCCGAUCUAACAGCGCCUUAUACGCACGGCGUCUCCUUCGCCCAAUCUCUGUCUCAUGCGGGUACUAUCUUCAGGUACCAGAGUUACGCGAACGAAGGCCACGCGUUAGCAGGCGUGUUGGACCACGUUUAUAAAUCCAUGGAGGACUUCUUCAGCGGUUGCCUCGCCCUGGACGUGACCUCCUAGUGCCUCAAGCUGAACACUCCCUCGUUAUCUUUAGUCUGCCUACUUCUGAUACAUCCCGGACACGGAUGCUCGUCACGAAGACUCGUCGGGUUGUUCAGAAUAUAGACUAGUUCGACUAAGAAUAGACGUACCGCAACGGAAGAUCGCGACGGUCCUGACAGCCUCGCGAUGGACGAUUCGAAACGGAAGAAAAGAGAGUUCGAGCGACGAAACGACUAAAAGAGAUUUCUACCGAUCCCUCUUUAUUGGAGCUGAUCACGUUCCACCAGUGAAAUAAAUAAAUAGCGAUGCGUAGAAGACAAAUGGUGGUUCGAGGGAUGAAACUAGCGUUUGUAUAAUACCGUUAAAACGAAGCGUUGUACAUCAGCCGCCUGCAUCAGCCUGCGGUUGUUCCUCUUUGUUACGAAGAAAAAUCUGCGUACAAGUUCAUUUUGCUCUCUGGACAAGCACACCCGGACGAGCUCGUAGGUUCUAGAACCCUCGCCAUAUUAUUCUCAGCCAUUUCCGGGCGCCGCGAGCUCGAGAUCCACGCGCUUCUCGUAUCCACGUGUUCUCCACGCGAGAAGAGUCGAGAUCGACGGUGUCGUCGUGUUUCUCGCAUGCUUGCAAGCUUGCUCACCAAUUUUUUAUACAGCGAAACUUUCGACGAUCGAGUGCCGAGCGAAAAAAUCGAGCGUAUCGAGCUUAUCGCGAGCUUGCAAGCUCGCGUAUAUCACGUUUUUUAUAUCGACACACCACCGCUCGGAGCAUUCGAGUACCGGUCUCCCGCUUUCAAAGUCGAGCUUGACUGAGAGCUUGCUAGCUGUACCUUGCCUUCAACGAAAAUUUAAUAGCAAAUUCGCGGUCGCGAUGUUUUUUUCUCUUCAGCUACGCUGCACGCGCCGGUGCCUUCCCGAUCUCUAACGGGAAUACUGGCCACGUUUAGGGGACGACGCUCGUCCAGAGGUACCGACGCGAAAUGAUUAACCAUUUCAGGUAACGAAUGCCUAGUCUCUAAUUUUUAUUUUGUACAGCUUCGCGCCUAGUCAGUGUAUCACAACGUUACUCGAAAAGCACGGAGAGGGAAGGUUACACUUCCAUAGUCUUUUCUUGAUCUAUCCCACCCUCUAUCUCCCCGUUUGAUCCUUCAAUAUUUGUAUAUAACGUACUCUCGACGAGGUUCGACCGCGUUCCCCGUUUCUCGUUCACCGUUCAUUGUCUUAUUACGUUGUUAAGUUUUACUGUAAAGAGUGUUCCGAGGUUAUAUUGUACGGCUUUAGAAUGAACGGUCCAGCUCAGCGUACAUUUUGACUCGACAGAGGGAACCUCGUCGUGGGCAACGGAUCUCUACUUUCCAUUUCGAAUUUUCCUUAAUUGAUCGCAAGAAGAGUUUCAAAGCAAUCUUCGAGACUGUUUCUCGGUCGAAGUGAGGUACAGUCGAUGUUCAGACGUGGUUCAUGUCGGAGGAAAAAUCUGGACUUGCGAGAAUUCUCGUCAACGAUUCACCAUCCUUAAAAUUUGUUACUGCAAUUCGAAGUUUAAACUGUUGGAUCAUUCGCAAAAUAGGACGCGUUCAGAGAAUUUAUAGAUACUUUCUCGCAAGUCUAUGAGACGCUUCAUGGUUGACGACGAGAGAAAAAAGAAAUUAUCGCGCUCGAAACGGAGAGAGUCGCAGCACGUCGCCAUAUAAAACGCUGCCUGCCCAGCAGCCCUUAAAUGCCGACAAUCAAGGCUAGUGCAACUAAUCAAACGAUAAUAAAUAGAGAAAAAUGGAGAGAAUGAAGAAAUUACAUAAAAUAAUUAAUUAAACGAAUUCUUAGACGAGUGAUAAUCGAUGUGGUUCGUCCAUGUCAGACAAAUGCGUGGCUUGGAACCUCGGAGCGAAAGGGAGACCUUGUCGGGGGUGUUCCUCGUUCGCUCGUGGACAGACGUAGUAGAUGCGAUAUAAAAAAAUCGUUUAGAUCGAAAUUAUGUGCUUGAUGUCGAUCGUAGAGAGUACAAAAGGUGCAACGUCGUUCGACUAAGGAAUACAGACAUUUCACAGACAUUUAAUUUACGUAAAAAAAAAAAAACGAUUAAGAAUAAACGAUUACAUUAGUUAUGACGGCACAAUUUAAUAUAUACAAGUUUGUCAAUAGGAAUAGAAAAAUUCGUUUGUGAGAUUAUUUAGCAAUUCCUUGGUCGCGCGACGAGGUCAGACGCAUUAUUGUUAAAUCACGUUGUAAGUUCUUUUUUUUUUAUCAUGAGUAUAGUUGGAAACCUUUGUCGUACAGGUUGGAAAGAACAGAUGAGAAGAAAGACAGAAAGGAAAAAAUGAGAGAGAGAAUGUGAGAAAUAGAACGAGAGUGAGUGAAAGCGUGAAUGUGCAAACGCAAUCAAUUAUUAACUUAUAAUAAAUAUAAAUGGCAGUGAAGAAGCGCGGCGGACAUUAAACGUAGGCAUAUAGGUAAUCGGUCUCACGGACGGCAGGCACGCAGACAGUAAACAAAUAAUACAAAUACGACGAUAAAAAAAAAAGAAACUACAAGCAUGCGAAUCACGUGAAAUAAUGGAAUAAAAAACCAAUUGAAUCGCAAAAUAAAUAAAAUAAAUGAAACCUUGGUAGAAGCGCAUAAGGGUAUCUAAUAAGCUUUUGGUAACGUACUAUCGCCGCUAGGCUAAAGAGAAUUAAAUUAAACUAAACAAAAAAAGAAAAAAAUAUAUAUUAUAUUAUACGAUAAAGAGACAAAACUUAAUAUGUCACACAGAGGAAGAGAAGACACACACGCAGGAUAUUAAGAUUGUAAUUGGUCGAGAUUUAAAUGCCAUCGGGCCCGUGCGAACACUCGGACGAAUCCACUUAUGAACUUGCUUUUACGUAGACGAACGGUUCGCACAGUCGAGAUUACGCGAAAUCGUUCGUCGACGACCUCGAGACGACAAGAGUAAAAUUAAGAAUCGCCAGGAAGAUAUUUGUAUCAUGUAACGAGAACAAAAAAAAAAAGAUAUCGAUAAUAAUGCUAAGGCUAUUUAAAAUUAUUUGGUAUGAAUCUGUGAUAUUCAGAUUGACGAUUAUUGUUUCAUUAUUUGAUUAUGAUAAGGUUAAACACGGUGUUCCAAGCAUUUUUGAACUUCAUCGAGGCACUGAUCUCUAUAGAACACUGGUGAACAGUGGCAUACAGACACGGUACUGCAGCAUUUAUUUUCCUCACACGCACAGGCAUUUCAAUAAUACAUACUUGCUCCUAACAUGUAUACACCCCGUUUAAUCAUUGUAUACGUUAUCACUCUUGAGACGAGAAGUUCGGACGCGAGUCCCGUUAUAUUUGUAAUAAGUAACGAUAAUCGAAUGAAACCUUAAGCGAUCGAAGGGAUAAAGCUUCCUCUUUAAAAUGCCGUUUGAUUCAUCUCGAUCGAAUUCCCCGUUCUAGAGAUAUUGUCCUGCGAAGGCUAGCAUGAUUUUUUCGGUACCGCUGUUGUUAUCCUUCUCGCACGUUGGCUGACUCCCGGACCUACCCUAAUCUCUACUAACCGAUCUAGACACUUUAAGACACUGCGAAACUAGGUCACUGUGUCAGUAACACUGAACGCUACCGCGCUGCGACUUCAAAAGCCAUGUCGAGAACAGAUUAAGAUAUCGGGAUGAAUCAAAAGCGAUUUUUUUCAUCCUCUAUCGACUGAGAUUUUCAAUCAAAAAUUCUAUGUCCCUGUAUCGAUGAAUUUACGUUUUUACUAACAUCAAAAUAUAAUUUCUUAGAGCUCACUAUCCAGUGUUCUAUAGAGAUCAGCGCGUCGGGGUUAUUAAUUGUAGAUAAGAUAACAAGAAAAAAAGAAAAACGAAAUUGUUGACUAAUCAUUAAUCGAACUGAAAGUAGAAUGAUCAACGGAAUGGUCGAGAUGAGGCAUUGGCCGGCGACUAACUUGAGUUCGAAUCGUGCUCUGCAAUUGUGGACAAUUGUUUUUUAUAUGUAUAUGAUAAAUAUUCGCUAGGAGCAUCGAGCGAGAUCAAUUAUUAUCGUUCGAGAGAGCAGACGAGUUCUCGAUUACGUAGUUUCUCGUGGGAAAUCAGGACACGCGGAGUUGUUUCCACUCGGUUUUUUACGAUAUUCGCACGGACCUGGAGACCGAACCAUCCACGAAAUCGGCUGUGACGAAUUAAUCGAGCGAUUUGAUUUUCUAUCGUUGCGUUUAGGUAUCACAGGUAGUAUUAUACAUCAACAUCUCGCCCCCUAAAAAUAGGCGACCGUAAUGUGUCACAUAUGUGUAUUAUCUUUGAAAAUUGUUGUUAGAAAAUGGUUACGGAAAACGUGUAGAGUUGCCGAUUUCGUGGAUAUCGUUGUAACUCUACGUAACACCCACGAGAUAAUCAUGUUACUAAGACUCUGCGUUUUUUAAUAUCAGCGAGACUCGGCCCGGACCGUGGCCGGAAAAAAGUGUUUUCAAUAAACUGUUACAUUACCUGAA